AGUUUGAGUAACUCAGCAUUAACAAGGGGUUGUGAGUGGAAAUAGGGUGUUCAUCUGGUUCAGAUGUCUGUGUUACUGUGGGAACUAGAGGGAGAAAGGGUGGUGAAGAUUGGGAGGUGAUGACAGUUGAUGGCUGUCCUCUUACCUCUCUUUCUGUCUGUUCCCCAGACCAGUCACUUACUCUGUCACCAACCUGUAUUACUGAAAAAUAAUACAGGAGUAGCUCUGUUAGCAGAAGAAUGUACAUGGAGUAAACCAGCUGUGGUUUACUGGUUUAUAUUGUUUACAACUGUGGCUAUCCUACAAAUUUACUAUAAAUCUCAAGUCUUAAGUAUGUGGUUGAUAAAAAGAAUUGUGUCAACAAUUAGAGAGAUCUGCAUGUGCAGUUGAAAAGCUGAGCUAUAUCCUGUGGACUUUGCAGUCUGUCAUCUGAACAUCUUGCUAUCUAUUGUGUUUGGCUGUAGUAGAAAGUUGAAAAACCUUUAUGUAUAGAACAAUUAUGUUUGUCAGUGUAGUGGAAUGUAACUCCUUUAAAUACACAGUUAGCUAUAGCAAUUUGCAAGACAAAGAAAAGCAGUAACUGCUUUUGUCAAGACUUGGAUGAAAUAUUCAGUGUAUCUCUUGAUUGUAAAGGUAUUCCUGAGAACAGUGUUACAGGCAGCUGUUUGGUGAAUACAAAUAAAAAAGAAGAAAAGCCAAUCAUGAAAAACUAUUUCAGUUAAUUCUAGGUAGCUUGGUCUUUUGCCAUCUCUCCUCCUUAGCAGUGGCAUUUUAACAUUAUCCUUAAACAUAUGAUUAACUUUUAACAUUAACUGUAAUAUUUAACUAGAAAGUUUUUUAGUAAGUAGCAUUGUAGUUAACAUGCUGCUAAGGUGUCUAGAAGUAGUCAUAACUUUUAAAAAACGUGUCUGCAGUUCUGAGAGGUCUUUUUCAAACUUAGUUUUUAGGUGAUUUCUUUGGUUUUAUGCCUAUGAUUGUAUUUUUCACUGAACUGGUAGAUUUCCUUACUUAGUCAAUACACCAAGGUAUAGAGGCAUUUAUUUGCUGUAAAAUUUGAGUGGGUUUGUUCUUUCAAUACAAAUUCAGUGCAAAGUUGCCUGGAGUUUCCAAAAAGAUCAAGGGUUGUAAUACCAGCCUUGGCCCAGAUAAGUGAGAUUUAGGCUGGCUCGCUGGCUGACUCCAGACUUAAGUCAAAAUAACUUGAAUCUGCAUGUGGUACAGACAAAGACAGGGAACUACACUGCAGACAGCUAUCAUGACUCUCAGGCAAAAGAGCAGCAAGUAGAAGAGUGCAAAUACACUCCCUGUCGCCUUGUCUGCAGUCAGGUUGUUCAUUAAUAGGGGAUACCUCAGGCCGUGGAGACUCCAAACAGGGUUUGGGAUUGUAGUGAAGCAGCCAUUUUGGAAUCAUGCCGGGUUUGUCUUCAUGGUAGCAGGAGCUUCUUCAUGGGGCACAGGUGAUGUCACCUGCAGGGCAGCAGGGCUGGGCCUGACAUCUGUAGUUACGUCCCUGAUGAAGUUUUGGUGGGAUGUACAAUGUCAGGACCAGUACAGUGUCUUGGCUUCACUAGAGAUCAUUUAAUGUUACAGAGAUAUGAAACCAGUUGUGUUUUAAAACAGCCAGGGUGUUGCUGCCUCUAUUAAUACAGGCAUUUCCAAAGGUGAAAGGAAAUAUUUGGCUACACAGACUGUUAAUUGCUUGUAUUUUUAAAAAGUUUGUAAGGAUUUGAGUUUUCAAAUUGUAGCCCAGCUGCUGUCAUACUUGACAAAUCAGUUGGCCUUUUUAUUUCCUUCUUUUCACACAGUGAAUGUUCUUUCUUUUUCUGUAUACCAGAAACUGAGUUUUAGCUGUGUCUCUUAACCAGAAGCCAAUGGGCCAGAAGUGGACAUUGCUUGGAAGGGUUGAACAGUGGAAAUGUGGGAAAGUGGUGAAGUUAAAAUGUUCAACCUGUGAAGGUGAUGUGCAGCAGAGUAAGCCUGGAUGAAAUUGUGGACUUGUGUUGGAUGUGUAUGUGCUUGAUUAUUCUGCAUUCUCACUGCAGAACAGAUAAACUGCCAGUUUUGAUUUGCAGAUAUUGUAAUCUGUCUUGUUAAUUUCUAUUUAGGAUAUGAGCACACGAGAUUGUGCUGAAAUUUGAUCUGUAUGGAUGGAAAAACACUAAAAAUGUGUUUGAAUACCCAAGUUGUUGAAAAAUGAAUUCAUAUUGACAAAUGCAGCCGCUGAAACAGGAUAAAGUGCUAAUUCAUAGAAUUUAGGUAACACUGGGUUAAACUAUAACUGAAGUUGAUGCAAAUGAUUGGUGUUUAGAGGAAACUGGAUGCUGCCUUUUUUCUGAUGUCUUGUGUGAUAUCUGCUGAGUUUUUUUUUCCAGUGGUUACUUAUGCUGGAUUGUAUUGGAUGGGUGAUAUAUGGUAUGUAAGUAACAAUAUAAUUGGUUUGGAAUGUAAUUCUUCAGAGGGUUUGGCAUUUUCAGAUUAAACAUACAGCUUUUUUUUCUGGAAUGACAAGAAAUUAAAAUUACACUCUUUCUUUGAUAACAGUGGGGGAAAUACAUAAGAAGUUUGACAAAGAAUAAACUCUGUCUUUGAAGUACAGUGCUUUUGGAGAGGAUAAACAUUACUGUAGAGAGUGUCUGUCAUUUUCCUGUUGUGGAUGACCGCGACAGCAGACCUACUCAGCCAUGUCGUACGGACCAGGUUUUGGGGAUCCCAAUCAACUAGCCCAACGCAUAACUUCUAACAUCCAGAAGAUCACACAAUGCUCUGCUGAAAUACAAAGAAUACUACAUCAGCUUGGAACACCACAGGACACGCCUGAGUUGAGGCAGCAGCUGCAACAGAAGCAGCAAUACACCAACCAACUUGCCAAAGAAACUGACAAAUACAUUAAAGAGUUUGGAUCUUUGCCUGCGACAAGUGAACAGCGUCAAAGAAAAAUACAGAAGGACCGUCUUGUGGGAGAGUUCACCACAGCACUGACAAAUUUCCAAAGACUUCAAAGGCAAGCUGCUGAGAAGGAAAAGGACUUUGUAGCCAGAGUAAGAGCCAGCUCAAGGGUGUCUGGUGGGGCUCCAGAAGAUAACUACAAAGAGGGAACACUUGUCUCUUGGGACAGUCAACCACAAGCACAAGUGCAAGAUGAAGAAAUUACAGAAGAUGACCUCCGUCUUAUUGAAGAGAGGGAAUCUUCCAUUAGGCAGCUUGAAGCUGAUAUUAUGGAUAUCAAUGAAAUUUUCAAAGAUUUAGGAAUGAUGAUUCAUGAACAAGGUGAUGUGAUAGACAGCAUAGAAGCCAAUGUGGAAAAUGCAGAUGUACAUGUGCAGCAAGCAAACCAGCAGCUGUCAAGAGCAGCAAACUACCAGCAAAGAUCCCGAAAGAAGAUGUGCAUAAUCAUUGUUAUACUUGCUGUUGGAGCAUUGCUUCUUGGACUCAUCUUCUGGUUAUUUUCAAGAUAAGUCUCUGGAAAAAGCUUUGUUGAUUGUAUUUAAAUUAGGAAAGGAAAUUCAUAGUCAUGGUUUGCUCAUUGUGAAGCUGAGUAAAAUAGUUGUUCUGUACUUCAUCACACUCUUUUUUAUAAGACUGUUUUGUUUUAAUCUGAGAAAUAAUGUUCUCAGUACUGCCAUCAGUAUAACUGCCUCUCCUCUCAGAUUUGGGUGCUGUCUUACCAGAAAAAAAACAGUCAAUAUCAUAAACUGUUCCAUUAACUUGAACAUAAAACAUCUCAAGGUUUAGGGGCUAAUCAAAGUAACGAUAAUUUGUGUUGACAGGGUGAGUAAUUAUCUUUUGGGAUAUUGCUAAAUGUUGCUGCCAAAACAAACUCCUGGAUUAUUGCUUGAGGCAACAAAUUCACAUCUCAGAAUUUGUUUUUAAGUUAGAAAUAUAUUUCUUCUCUCUUUCCCUUCCAUCACAUUCACCUACCCAUUUGAUAUGGGUGGCUCAAAAAUAAAAUGUAGGUUGCUGAAGUUGAUGUGUUCUCUCUUUUAUACCUGAAGCCUGUGAAUUAAGCCUUCAGUUUGCUUGAAAUCUUUUAAAUGUUCCAUUUAUCUCUAAAUCUGGUAUCAAGUAUGGUUAUGUCUGGAAGCCUCCUGCAAAGGUAGGAAGGUUGAAUGAUGUAAUUAUGUGCGGUUUUUUGUUCCAGUCCUUGCAUUAAGAAAUACUGUGUUUUAUUGCACACAUCUGGUAUCUUUGCAUCCGAAAUGUGCAUGAGUUGGUUUGGUUAGAUGAAAAUGUGCUCUAGUCUGUGACUUCAUAGACUUGCUGGGAAGAAUAGAAAUUCACAACUUCCUAGCUGCACAUGAAUGUCACUGUUCUUAAACUGCUGUAAUUUAGUUUCCAUGAACAGGUCUGAAGUUGUAUGUGAUGUCUUUCACACAGCUUAAAUAAAGAAGAUUACAAGUUCAAUUCCAAGUUCAUCACUGGUAUUUGAAGUUAGGUUAAAAUCAGUUGAACUGGCUGAAAGCAUUAAAAAAGUUUGCUUAUAGCCUUUAAAAUGACCUUUUUUUUUUGUGCCAUUUUGUACUAAUAUAUUAAAAAUGUAAAAACACUUUUUUGCCAAUUAAUCUAUUUGCCUUUUUACUUAUCUUGAUGAAUUAAUCUGAAAAGUGUACAGAUGAAAAAGUCUCUUAAUCUGUAUUUUAUAAAAUUCUUCCAUACCAGACUGAUAGAGAAUGCACUGUGUACAUGGUGAGCUACGAAAUAUUAUUUGGGAGCAAUCUAACUGUAAGCAUAAAGUAAUUGUAACCAUACAACCAAAAUAAAGGUCUUUUAAAGAGUA